AUGGAGCAUAGCAAAAGCUCCACAUCCGCACCUUAUGGUCAUGCUUGUACUGGUUGCUCAAAGGCCAAGACUCGAUGCAUUCCACGUGCAGUAGGAAGCUGUGAAAGAUGUCAUCGCCUUCAGAAAGAAUGUACACCAUCUGUCGCUGUCCGGAAACGGCAGGCUCCCAAGGCGACGCCGUCUUCCUCCUCCUCCAAAAGAGCAAGGCUUGAAGACAGACUGGAAGAUCUAGUCGCGUUGCUCCAGUCACACAAUGCUCAAAAGGUCCAAGAGGCUGCUCCAGCAGAAGCAGCCUCCGAAACGGAUGGCCGACAUCCAUGGAUACCCAGAAACUGGAGCAAAGACGUGCCACGAAAGCCAGAAGCCGUACCGAGAGCGUAUGGUGAUACAACAUCUCAUCCCGUUGCCAGCACCAGCAAUCCAAACUGGCAAGAGAUGGCGGUGACGCCAGCAACCACGGUCAAUUCGGCAUGUGAUCCAUUGACACCUUCAUCUCGGAUGGCUGAGCUUUCUCCGACCAUGGCAGAGGCCAUGUUGCAUCAAUUUCGAACGGUUUUCAUGAAGAAUAACCCGUUUCUGUACAUUCCUCCUUCGGCCACGGCUCAGGAAGUACAGCAUGAACGUCCGUUUCUCUGGUUGGUAAUCAGGGCGCUGUGUACAAAAUCUUCGACAGAGCAACACGAACUUGGAAAACUAGCCCGGGAAGUUUUAUCAAAUCAAAUAAUGGUCGAGUGUGAGAGAAGCAUUGAUCUUCUCUUGGGUAUAUUGGCGUACAUGGGAUGGACUGUCCACUGGUUGGUCGGGAGGCCCUUCAUGUGUGCAUUUUGCGGCAUGGCUUCGGCAUUGGUGUCGGACCUCCGUCUUGACAGAAAAUCGCGAGAGGACGUGCUCUCGAAUCCGAAUCUGAGCUGUUUCAAGCAAUACCCCUUUCCCCGGCCUGGCCAAGCCGCCAGUAGCAAGGUUCGCACGAAUGAGGAGAGGCGUGCAGUCCUAGGCUGCUACUUUACUACGACCCUUGGAUCGACGUAUAUGAAAUAUGAGGCUGUCCGAUGGAAGCCACACAUGGAGAAAUACAUGGAUCAUCUGUGGGAGGUGUCAGAGGCAGCCAAUGACAGAAUACUGGUUACUCUCAUCCGUAUAUCCGCCAUUGCAGAUGAAAGCACCCAACUCACAACCAGGUCCGAGGAUUCGGAAGCCACUGCAACAAUGUUCCACAUUAAAGCACUGCUGGCAUCAUUACAGCAGGUCAAGAGCACAGUAACAACAGAUAUCUUGCAAAAUCCUCUCGUCAAGCUCCACAUACACAGCACCGAAAUAGUCAUUUACGAACCAGCCAUUUUCCAGCAAACGUCGACGCAACCGUUCAAGCCAUUAGACUUUAAGCGGCGAGAAUACUUGCACGCAUGUAUAGAUUCAUGCAAGAACUUUUUGGACUGCUUCAUGGCUCUGGACGCGGCCGAAUACAUUGGUCUACCAUUUUGGGGUUUGAUUGAAUUCGCGCACUGUACGCAAGCCCUGUACCGUCUCGCCCUGCUCGACGAUCCAGGCUGGGACCGUGCUGCCGCCAGACAAACGGCCGACGUGAUAUACUAUCUUGAAGAGACGGCCAAGCUCUUUGACAGGAUGCACAUUGUGGCCAGAGCCGGCAUGGACGCUUCCGAGGAUGACAUCUUCACAAAGGCUGCAAUGUCCCUAAGGUCGACGAUUCCUGCGUGGGCUGCUACUCUGGAACAAGUAGGCGCCGUCACGGCAACGCAUAACAACAGCAAUCUUACUGCGUCUACCAUGGGGACAAAUCCAGAGGCUGUUGAUCCCAUGUUGAUGGAUUUCACAGACGACUUGUGGCUUGCAGACAUGUUUACCUCGUGGGGAGGUGCACCGGGACUGUAG